AUGAAAUUCUUAGCCGUUGUUGCAAUUUUAUUAGCUGUGAAUAGUGCAUCAGCUUUCUGGACUGCAUGCCCUUCAACUGCUCAACUAACUAAUGUUCAAUCUGGCCAAUGUACAGCAGCUGGUUGUACUGUAACACGUGGUGGUUCACUUGUAGCCAGUUGUGACUUUAUUCCCACUGCAGCACAUGGUUUCUUGGAAACGAGAAUGUCGACAGUUCUUUUGGGUGAAACAGUCAAUUUUCCUAUUGAUGAUACUUUCAUUAAUGCCUGUGAUCAUCUUCGUGGUCGAAGCUGCCCUACAACACCUGGACAAACUCAUACUUGGGAUUGGAGCCUUACAGUUCCCUUCACAUUCCCACAAGUCAACAACGUUCCAUUCAGAGUUGAACUUGUCGACCGUGCUACUGGAGGAACUGUUCUCUGUUUCACAGUGCCAGCCACCAUCAACUAAAAAUUGUAAAAUAACAUGUUGUGAAAUUCAUGUCACAUAAUAAAAUACGUAAAAAAAUAAGUUAAAUG